AACCAGCUUUUUUGUCAGUAAGGUGAGCACGUUCACUUUGAAAGCACUUCAAUAGGCGGAACCGGCAAAUCCCCGGUCCUCUCCGUGCACAUAAACCAGCCAGACGACCACCAUUCCGGGUUUCCAUGAGUCAAAAGAAUCGCGGAGGCUUGGUGGGACUCCGGUGAACACGAGGAUGCUCCGCGCCAUCCGCCUCCACAGCCCCAAAGUAAAACGGGAAUAAGCGAAGGGGGAAAAAACUCGCCGGACUUCACUCGGUGCUUUUCCCUCGCCGGAUAACGAGCCACGCCGAACGAGCCAGCAACCCUUGGAAUCAGUCGUGACCACCCGUCCCUAAAAUGCACUUCCAACCCCGCGUCCUCCCUCGGAAGAAGCCCGAGAAGCAGGGGGGGCGCGAACGCUCUUUUUUGGCCGGGAGAGGACGCACAUUGGCAGGGCUCGGCUUGUGAAGUCCUCCGGACUGAGAGCCAGCCAUCCAGUCGUCGAUCCAUCUGAGAGAGAUCAACUCAUUCUGGGAUUUAAAAACUCCACCUGCUGGGAAUUCUACCAUGUCAGGUGCACGGGAUUGCACACGGACGCUCCUCAUCUACGUGGUGGUGGAGGCGCUUUCAUACGCUCUCGCAGGCAAAAUCGCUCCAACCAGUUCCGAUGCCCUCCUCAGUUCCUCACCGGUGACGGCCAAUCCCUCACCGCCUGCCGUCUACCUGCCAGCCAGCUUCAAGAUGUCCAACGUACAGCUGGCCUUCUUUUUGCGAGAGGCGGCUCAGCCGUCAGGGCGCAACCUGGGCGGGAUCGGCGGAAGUCCGGGCGGCGGACACCCGCUGCAGCGUUCGGAGAGUUUUGUGGUUUUCCAGACAAAGGAGCUGCCAGCGGUCAACAUUAGCUUAGGGCCUUUUGCCCGUGACCAGACGCUGUCCAAGGAGUUGCUCCAGCCGACCAGCACGCUGGACAUCCCCGGCCAGCUGACGGUCAACUGGAAGGUCCGCGCCUUCAUCGUCCAGUCACGGGUGUUUUCCAACAACCCCACUGUGCAGGUGUUCUUCUACAUUGCCGGCCGUGAUUGGGAUGACUUCAAAGCCCAGGACACACUGCCUUGUGUACGCCUGCACGCCUUCCGAGACGUACGGGAGAUUAAGACCUCGUGCCGCAUGAAAGGCAACUUAGCGCAGUGCUUGGCCCAGAUGGAACUGCCGGCCUCCUGGUUCAACGCCAACGUGGCCCCGCUGGGCCGCCGCAAGGGCUCCGGCGGGGACGGGCUUUUAGACGGGAUGGCCGGCGAGACCCUGCAGGCCGAGCUUUACUACACUCUGCACGAGCCCGAUGCGGAUGGCGACUGUGACGAGUCGACGAGCCGCCGUGGUGCCCGUGGGGAGGCGCCGUCGCAGCACCCUCUCUUGCGCAUCGGAAGCAUCAGCCUGUAUCAGGCCAGCCAGGAGCAGCUUCUGGUGGACAAGCAGCUAGACAAGAACAUGUUCCUCAGGCUGCCCGAGAAGCCCCUCAAGCCCGGGGAGACCCUCAGGAUCUUCUUGUACUUGAUGCCCAACUCCACUGUGGAACAGUUCAGCCUCAAGGUGAAAGCAAAGAAAGGGGUGAACUUGAUCCAGACCAAGUCGAAGAACGCCCAGUGGAAGGUGGACUGGGAGGUUUUGUCUGGUGCCAAGCAUUCCAUUACCACCAUUAAUGUGAACAAGAACAAAGCAGUGAAGCAAGGGGAGUUGGUGGACAACGCCGAAGUAAUGCAGUUGGACUUUGAGAUGGAGAACUUCACCAGCCUGUCGGUGACGCGACGAAUCAACUGGAACAUCGACUACAAGGGACAGAGCCCCGCCCUCGAGUCGGAGAAGGUGGUCACCGAGCUAACUGUGGUCCAGCGGGACAUACAGGCCAUACUGCCCUUGGCCAUGGACACGGAAAUCAUCAACACGGCCAUCCUGACCGGUCGCACGGUAGCCAUCCCCGUCAAGAUGGUGUCCAUCGAGAUGAACGGCGCCGUCACAGACGUGUCCGCAUUCGUGCAGUGCAAGUCGGCCAACGAGGACAUCGUGAAGGUCUCCGUGAAUUGCGACUAUGUGUUUGUCAACGGCAAGGAGACAAGAGGCUCGAUGAACGCCAGGGUCAUCUUCAGCUAUGAGCACCUGAGCGCUCCUCUGGAGCUCACCGUCUGGGUGCCCAAGCUCCCCCUGUGGGUGGAACUGUCUGACAACAACCUGAGCUUCAUCAAAGGGUGGAGGGUCCCCAUUCUGCCUGACCGCAGGAGCACGAGGGACAGCGAGGCGGACGAAGAUGAGGACGACCGCCGGGUUAGCCGUGGCUGCACGCUGCAGUACCAGAGGGCACUGGUCAAAGUGCUGACGCAGUUCCACACCACGUCCAGUGAAGGCACUGACCAAGUCAUCACCAUGCUGGGGCCCGACUGGCGGGUAGAUGUCACCGACCUGGUCCAGGACUCGCUCAAGGUGGCCGAUCCGCGCGUCGCCGAGCUGGUGGACAGGACGGUUCUAGUGGGCCUGGAGCUAGGAUCCACCGUCUUAAAGGUGGACUCUCCUCUAGCAGUGGACGCGUCGCUGGGCCAGGCGGCCUUCUCCGUCACCGACGACAAAGUCUCCAUCAGCCAGCUGCGCGUUCACGCCAUCUCAGGCUUGAGCCUGUCGCUGCAGCCCAGCCCCGGCAACAGCCACACCAUGGUCGCCAAGGCGACCGGCCUCCAGACGCUCGGCGCUCCCAAGCAGGAAGCCAGCUUGUCUGUGUGGAUGCUCUUUAGCGACAACACGGCCGCCACGCUCUCCUACUUUGACCCCAAGGACUACAACUUCAACGCUUCCACUCUGGACGACAAGGUGGUCACCGUGUCCCAGGAGCCUCAGCAGCGUUGGCCCGUGGUGGUGGCGGAGGGCGAAGGCUCCGGAGAGCUGGUGCGCGUGGAGAUGACCAUUGGCGAAGCCUGCCAGAAAACCAAGCGCAAGAGCGUCAUCGCUUCGGCGUCCGUCUACGUCAGGGUGCGUUUCGGCCCCGAGGAGGACGACUCAGAUGAAGAGGUGACAACCGAGAGCGAGGUGGAGCCCCCUCCUGUCACCGGACGGCCGGCGGCCGAUUCCGACCCCGGUGGGAGAAUUUACGAGACAUCCAACGAGCAACCGGCCAGUGUUCCCAUCGACUACACCAACUUUCCCACGGCGGGCAACCGGGAGCAACCCACGGAAAUGGACGAUGAAGAGGAAGAGGAUGAGGAGGAAGAUGACUUCAUACACUCGCCCCGUAACAUGACAGACCUGGAAAUUGGCAUGUACGCCCUCUUGGGGGUCUUCUGUCUCGCCAUCCUGGUGUUCCUCAUCAACUGCAUCGUCUUCGUGCUCAAGUACCGUCACAAGCGCAUCCCGCCCGAGGGCCAGGUCAACAUGGACCACUCGCACCACUGGGUCUUCCUCGGCAACGGCCAGCCUCUGAGAGCCCAGUGCGACCUGUCUCCACAGCAGGUGGACAGUCCCACCAACCCCCUGGAUGGCGUCCAGACGUGCUGCCACGGGGACCACCACAGCAGCGGCAGUUCGCAGACCAGCGUCCAGAGCCAGGUGCACGGACGCGGCGACGGCAGCUCCGGCGGCUCGGCCAAGGAGAGCGGAGAAGAGGCCAGCUCGCCGACAUCCAAACGCAAGCGGGUUAAGUUCACCACCUUCACCACACUGCCCACCGAGGACCUGCCCUACAACUCCAUCCCCGUUGCCGAUGAGGAGGACAUCCAGUGGGUGUGUCAGGACAUGGGAUUCCAAGACCCCGAGGAACUGCACGACUACAUGCGCAGAAUAAAAGAAAUCGCCUGAGAAAUUAUUCCGGAAAAAAAUGGCUCCUUUUUAUCAUAAACUUUGGAAGAAAGAGAGAGACGGGGAAAAAAAGGCCAACUGUCGUUUCGGUUAGUUUGUUACGUUUAGUUUGCACAGUGCUGUAAUCUUAUCACACUAAACAAAACAAAAAAGAGACGGACGCAUAAAGGAAGCCAAAGACUCGACGACCCGGAGAGCGACGGCGGCGGCGGCGAACAAAGAGGCCUUUGAUGAACACUCAAAUACUGUCAAAGACUCUCGUGAAAAAAAAAAAGUUUUUUUUUCUGCCAAAGUAGGUACUUUUUCUUCAUCGUCUUUUUGUUAGUUAUGAUUUGCUUACAUUUUCUACAUGUCACGGCCAGUCGGAAGCCCCGUCAAAGACGACUACCCUUCCACUCCCGCCCCUUUUGUCCAAUGCCUUACAACCACGCUCACUCAUAUUCCCGGCGGCUCGGAGGCGGUGUAGCGUCUACUCUGUAGCAAGCAGCUUUGUGUCUAGGGUGAGGAUCUUUACAUGGAAGGAUGAGGCGCAAUCACUUUUUCAUUUUUUUUUAUAUGGUUUGCACCUAAUCCCAGUUACAUGUCAUUUUUAAUCUGAGAAGCGAGUACGCGUAGAUUGAUUUUAUUACAGAUUACGUGGGAUUUUGGUAACUCAGCGUUUGGGUUACGGAAAACGUGAUUAAUAAUCUGGGUAAAUUUUCAGUCUGGGUAGCAAUUUAUAGCAACAAUUUAUGGAUACCCUAUUUUGCAUUUUACAUGUAGUUUGGGUAAUCUGUACGGUAUCCACCAAUCUGGGUAACAUAUAUUAUGAGUACCAUUCUGUGCUAUGUCAUCCAGGUCAUUUUCUCUAAGUAGCAAGUAUGUCGGGUUGCCCUAAAUUACAAAUUACAUGUAAUCUACAGUAUACAUGAGCCAUGUUACAUUGAAACUAGUGACAAUUUGUCUUCAUUUUUGGUCUGGGUUGCAUGUAAUCUGGGCAAGGGCGUAGGUUUGGUCUCAACAUUGGUAGGAACGAUAUAAUAGCAUAAACUGCAUGUACACUAUUUGCUGGGGACGCGACAUUAAUAAGACCAAACAGAUUGGGUGAACAGAGGUCAGGGCUACAUUUCUCACGAAUAUGACCCUAAUUAUUUGAAAGGCUAAAUAAGGAGGGCUCAUUACUUUG